AUGUCGAAGACUGCAUUUAUCGAGAAAAGAGGAACAUUGUGCUGGUCACCAACACGAAACCUUCUUGCUGUAGGAACAACAGCUGAUACAAUUGAUGAGGAUUUUGACUCGAGUUCUUACAUUGAAAUCUAUGAAGUCACUUCAGAGGCGAAGUUAGUCAAGAAGCUGUCAUCCCAAAACCGAUUCUAUAAGCUCACAUGGGGGAACUACCCUGGAUAUACUCAAGGUAUUAUCGCAGUCUCGAAUGAUGAGUCAUGUAUAGUCUUGUACGAUGUCAGUAAGUUUGAAAUCAUCAAAGAAGAUGGUGAUAUUAAUGAAGCCAAGAUCACGGAAAUGACUACUAAAGAAAUCAUAUAUGACAUUGAGUUCCACCCGGACGGAACUCAACUUGUGGCUGGUGGUGCAUGCGGAGAGUUCAUUAUUUACAAUAUCUCCGACUUGACGAAUGUCACUGCAUUCCAACCGGAACAGAAGAGUCAGGCGGAUAUUAAAACUGUCAAUUGGAAUGUUAAAGUCCCCCAUAUCAUUGCUUUAACACUGUCCUCGGGGUCUAUUGUUAUCUUCGAUUGUAAGAAGAAGAAGAACAUCAUGACAUUCAACGACAAGACUCACGCCAAUUGGAAGGGAGCAAGAUGGGUCCCUACAGAGAAAACUACACUCAUCACUAUUUCGGACUCAGAAGAGAAACCAGUCCAACUCUGGGACGUCAGAAACACUAUGGCACCUGUUAGAAUCUUCGAAGGUCAUCAUGCGCCAGUUUGGUCGAUAUCAUGGAGCAAAACAGACCCGAGCAUCUUCGCAACAGCGGGACAGGACAAAACAGCGAUUUGGAAUUAUGAGACCGGAAAGAUUCUUUGUGAGUUUCCAUCACAAGAAAAUGUCUGGGACACAUGUGUCGAAUGGAGUGCACAGGAGGGAAGGAUGUGCACGACUGGACUGAACGGAUUAAUCAAUUUCUAUACGAUUAGUGAUUAUGGAGAUGGAAGACAGCCGAAGUGGAUGAAUCGUUCAUGCGGCUGUGCUUUUGGCUUUGGCGGGAAAUUUGUUUCUUACAACGAGAAUGAAAUUUUGAUGAAGAAAAUUGUUGGGAAGGUUGAUGUGAAGACGAUGAACAAAGAAGAAGUGGAGGAGUACUGUGUCAAGAAGAUAGAAGAGACGACUGGCGAAGAGAAAGAGACAUGGUCGUUGGUCAGUGGUAUUGUAUGCAAGGACCAAGAAGCUGUUGUCAAGAUGUGUGGUGUUAAUAAAGAAACGAUUGACUUAGGCUUUGAAAAGAAAACUGGGAAGAUCGAACCACAAAAAGUCGAAGAAAUGAAAGAGAAACAAGUGAUAAAAGAAGAGAAGGUCAAACAAGCUGAAGAGGAAGAAGACCCAUUUGAGAACAUUGGGGAAGAAGAAGAGAACUUAAAAGAAGUUGAAAAGGAGAAGAUCGAAGCCCCCCAAGACGAGAAGGAAGAAGUCAAAGAAGAUGAAGAAAAAGAGUAUGUUGAAAGUGAGGAAGAUGGCCUUAUUAAGUCGCUUGUAGUGUGCAAUGAGAUUGAGAAAGCUGUUGAGCUUUGUUUGAAAAUUGGAAGAUAUGCAGAUGCACUUGUUAUGACGGAAGGCAAUGCAGAGUUACACAAAAAGGUUGUUGCUGAAUUCAAAGAAAAGUGCUGGAAGAACAAUAAAGCGAUGGUGAUGGUCGAAUCUGUCAUUGAGAAGAAACUGGAAGAAAUUGUCGAAAAUGUUGAAUUGAAGAAUUGGAAAUUAGUGGUGUACGCUAUUGAGAAACAUGCAAAUGUGAAUGUCAGACCUGUUUUGUUGGUAGCUCUUGGUGAUAAAUUGUUGGCAAGUAACAAACACGCUGCUUUAUUGUGUUACAUUGCUUCUGGUAACGUACCAAAGAUCAUGGAUAUGUGGGUAGACUCUAACAAAGGUAUUGAAGAGAUAGUUGUUAAGACUGAAAUCAUCAGAACUAUGUGCGGACAAAUCAAAUUGUCUGAGGAAAUUACAAAUAAGUUGGUUGGCCACUCAACUCAACUUGCUGCUAUGGGCGAAUUGACUGCUGCAAAGAAGUUGAUUGAAUGCCUUGGAACUCAACAAAACAACAAAACACUUGAAUUGGUCGACAGGAUUUACUACGCACAAGGAGCACAAGGAACACAACCACAAUGCCCAUAUAAAAAGACUCUUGUUGGAAACGUCACUACACAACAACCACCAGUGCAACAACCCGUCCAAAGACAACAAUUCUCACAACCAUUAAUGCCUGCUAUUCCUCAACCAACAUUACCAAUGUCUAAUAUGAACACAUCAAACUAUCAACCACAAAUUACCCAACAACCAAUGUUACCAACUGUACCACAACCAACUUUACCCGCUAUGCCAACUAUCCCAUCUAUCCCUCAACCAACUCUCCCUCAAAUGCCACAAAUGAAUCAACCAGUAAUGCCGAAUAUACAACAACCUGCACUCCCACAAAUACUUCAACCUACUUUACCAACUAUGCCGACAAUACCACAGAACAAUAAUAUGCCAGCUAUCCCUCAACCAAUGAAACCUAUCAUCCCUACACAACAAAACAUUCCUCAACCAGUCUUACCAACAUUACCAGUUAUGCCUCAACAACAAGUCGCUCCACAAAUCCCGCAACCAGUGCUACCACAAAUGCCAGUAGCUGCUCCGGAGACUAAACCAGUGAUGCCAACUAUGCCAACGCUCCCUAGUUUCUCUCCUGCUACAACAAAUGUUGCGGCAGCUUCAGACGCUGUUGACGAGGCUGUGUGCAAAGAGUUAAAGAAUGUGUUUGGCGAAGUGAUGAGCACUAUUGAGACCAAAUCGAAGGGUACACAAUACGAGAGAGUCACCACUGUUGCGUUAAAGAGAGGCGCUGCGUUUGAAAACAGCAUUAACAAAGUGCCAGCUGAUAUUGCCAAUCAUCUCAUCGAAUUGUUCAGAGAUUUGUUGGCAGGAAAGUAUCCAGAAGUGGACGCCGCAUUCAAGAAGUUGCUCGUGAAUAAGAGAAUCAACCAAUUCAUCCCAAGCUCAAGCGUGGUGUCUGUUAAGUACAUUAUUGAUGCCGCUAAACAGCUUAAGUAA